AUGCUGAGCCUCAUCAACUGGAGGCUCAAAGUCACGAUUAAUGAUGGACGUGCGUUAACGGGCCAAAUGCUUGCUUUCGAUCGGCACAUGAACCUGGUGUUGGCCGAGUGCGAGGAGUUCCGACGUGUCAGGCCGAAGAAGAAACCUGGAGAGACGGAGACUCCGCCCAUGCAGGAAAUGAAGAGAUCACUGGGACUCGUUAUUCUCCGCGGUGAAACAGUGGUCAGUCUGAGCGUCGAAGGACCUCCGCCAGUAGUAGAUGAUGACAAGAAGAAUGUGCUGCCAUUUGGCCCUGGUCGCGGUAUGCCUGCCGGCCGUGGCAUGCCCAUGAUGCCUCCCAUGGGACCCCCGUCCGCAGUUCGCCCUCCCAUGCCUUUCGGAGGUCCCCCCGGGAUGCCUGGUCCCCCACCGGGUUUCCGUCCACCUGGCUUCCCCCCAGGUAUGCCUUUCCCUCCUCCUCCUGGAUUCCAAGGCCCUCCUCCUGGGUUCCAACCCCCACAAUGA